AAACCAAUAACCAGGACGAGUAGGAGAACUUCUUCGCUUCUUUGAAAACGGUACCGCUGUUUCCACUGCCAUCGAAUUCGCCGGCGUGUCGUUUCAUCCCUCUACAUAUUCACCCAAAAAUUCCCACUCUAUCUCUGCAACCUCACUACUCUCACGUCAUCUCUUUCGUCGUCGUCGUCGUCUUCUUCAAUUAGUUAUUUGUAUAUUAUACUCAGCUAUUCCCAUACAAGAAUUUCUUUGUGUGCAUUUGGAAUGAAGAAAUCUUUGUAAUCUUACAGAGCUGUUGUUAUUAUAAAUGGGUGGUUACGAGUCUGGUAGUGGUUCGAAGGAUGGUCGGGAUGAAGAUGAGGAGGAGGAAUAUGAGGAUGUUAGUGGGGGUAACCGGCUUUUGGGAUUUAUGUUUGGCAAUGUUGACAAUUCGGGUGAUCUUGAUGUUGAUUACCUUGAUGAGGAUGCAAAGGAGCAUCUUGCUGCACUGGCUGACAAGCUGGGUUCAUCUCUCACAGAUAUAGAUCUGUCAGUAGGUUCACCUCAAGCGCCAGUUGAUCCUGCUGAUCAAGAUUAUGAUGAGAAAGCUGAAGAUGCCAUUGAUUAUGAAGAUAUUGAUGAGCAGUACGAUGGACCAGAGACUCAAGUUGUCACUGAGGAGGACCACUUGUUACCGAAAAAGGAAUACUUUUCUGCGGAAGUUUCUCUGGCUACUUUGAAACCUACAACUUCUCUGUUUGAUGAUGAAAAUUAUGACGAGGAUGAUGAAGUUGAAAAUGAACAGGAGGUGGUGGAUAAAGAAACUGAAGUUUCUACCAUAUCUUUGUCAGGUGAGCAGGAUGAGUGUGUUAAAGCAGUUCCAGAAGGAGAAAAAUCUCCUGAGGAUGAUCUACAAGUUGGAUCUUUGGGUACUGAAGAAGAUAUGGUAGUUGGGGUAGAAGAUCAUUACGAGCAGGACGACGUGGUUGAUAUUUUAGAAGGGCCUUUGGAUGGCCAAGGUUCUGCACCACUGCCAGUUUUGUGUGUAGAAGAUGGUAUGGUUAUCUUACGGUUCUCUGAAAUAUUUGGUAUACAUAAACCUUUGAAGAAACAGGAGAAAAGAGAACAAAGAUAUUCCUUUCAUAAAGACAAAUACAGUGCUUUGGAUAUUUCCGAUCUUGUUGAAGAGGAUGAAGAGACAUAUUUAAAGGGCUCAAGUCAAGUUGUUUCAUUUAUCAAACAGGCACAUGCUGUUCAACAUGAUAACUCCUCACAUGAUAAUGAUGAUUCAGAAUCAGUAAAAUUUGGUUUUGUGCAAGAUGCUACCCCUAUGUCUGGACAACUUUAUGACCAAAGAAAGGACUCUUGUUUUAGUGCAGAACCCAUGAAAAAGGACUUAAAAUCAAAUCUUUCUGCAGGAUGGCAGUCAAUGCUGAGUCCUAAUAUUUUCCCUCUCGAUCAGCACAACUGGGAGGAAGACAUCCUCUGGGAUAAUUCUCCUGCAGCAAGUGAAAAUUCUUUUGAGAGUUGUGAUGUCACUGGAACUGACUCGGAAACUUCUCUUAAUGGGGAACUAGAACUUGAGCCUAGGCAACAUAAUCUUCAUUCAGAGUGCUCUAUGAAAGAUGAGGAGGAUCAUAGCAUUCGUUUGCAUAAUUAUCAUGUUUUGUUGGAGUCCUUUGGGUCAAGAAAUUCAUCAGAUCAUACAAAUAAUGGAUUUACAGAAAGCAAACGCCAUCCCCAACUUUUGAGGUUAGAGUCUCGGUUGUACCAGGACAAUAUUAAUCAUGGAGAUCGUAGAAGGGAGAAUGUCCCUCCAGAGCUUUGCCAAACUGGUGCUGUAAAGCGCUUUUGCGAACUUUCGUUGCAGAACAGAGAUAUGAUGGAUGGAUCUUGGUUAAACAAUAUUAUGUGGGACCCACAAGAUGCUAUAGGGAAGCCUAAGCUAAUUCUUGAUCUUCAAGAUGAGCAAAUGCGUUUUGAGAUUCUGGAUUACAAGGACAAUAAUGAUCUACAGCUUCAUGCUGGGGCUAUGAUUGUAACUAGAUCUGUAAAAUCAAGCAGUUUGGAUUCUUUUGAGCUAGCUGGCCAUAAGUAUCAACGUGACUGGAAAUUUAACAUUGCAAAUGACAAAUUCUACUUGAAUGGGAAAAUAUCUCAGCAGCUGCAGACAAAUUCUAAUAAACGCAUACCGCAUGGUAUCAGAGUUCAUCAUUCUGCACCUGCACUUAAGUUGCAGACAAUGAAACUGAAGUUGAGCAAUAAGGAUAUAUCUAAUUUUCACCGUCCGAAAGCUUUAUGGUAUCCCCAUGACAAUGAGGUGGCAGUCAAAGAACAAGGGAAGUUGCCUACUCAUGGACCCAUGAAGAUUAUCAUAAAGAGCUUAGGAGGCAAAGGAAGUAAACUGCAUGUGGAUACUGAGGAAACUGUUGCUUCAAUUAAAGCAAAGGCUUCAAAGAAGCUAGAUUUCAAGCCAGCAGAAACAGUGAAAUUAUUUUAUUUGGGCAAGGAGCUUGAAGACCAUAAAUCUCUUGGGGACGAAAAUGUUCGACCGAACUCCUUGCUUCAUCUUGUUCGUACAAAAGUACAUUUGUUGCCGAGGGCACAAAAGCUUCCUGGGGAGAAUAAGUCUUUGCGCCCUCCUGGAGCCUUUAAGAAAAAAUCAGAUCUCUCUGUAAAAGAUGGCCAUGUCUUUUUAAUGGAGUAUUGUGAGGAAAGGCCUUUACUGCUGAGCAAUGCAGGAAUGGGAGCAAAUCUGUGCACUUAUUAUCAAAAAUCAGCCCCAGGCGAUCAAGCUGGCACCCUAUUGUGCAAAGGAAACAACAGCUUGGGAAAUGUUCUCACGCUGGAACCUGGUGAUAAAUCUCCCUUCCUUGGAGAUAUAAAAGCUCGUUGCAGUCAGUGUUCUCUUGAAACAAACAUGUAUAGGGCACCUGUAUUUCCCCAUAAGGUGCCGUCAACUGAUUUUUUGUUGGUCCGGUCUGCAAAGGGAAAGAUUUCCAUAAGACGCAUAGACAAGAUAGCUGUUGUCGGACAACAGGAGCCUCUUAUGGAGGUAAUGUCACCUUUAUCAAAGAAUCUUCAAAGUUAUAGCAUAAAUAGGUUGUUGGUAUAUGUGUACCGUGAGUUUUCUGCUGCUGCAAAGCGUGGCUUGCUUCCCUGCAUUGGGGUGGAUGAGUUAUUGGCACAGUUUCCUAAUGUGUCUGAAGCAAUUAUUAGGAAGAAGAUAAAAGAAUGUGCUUUUUUGCGGAGGGAUGGUAGGGGAAAGCAGGUUUGGUCCAUGAAGCGCACAUUCCAAAUUCCACCUGAGGGUGAUUUGCGUAAAUUGGUGUGUCCAGAACAUGUCUGCUCCUAUGAAAGUAUGCUGGCUGGCCUGUACCGGCUCAAACAUUCAGGAAUCACACAGUUAACUCUUCCUGCCAGCAUCUCGUCUGCAAUGAGUCAACUCCCUGAUGAAGCGAUUGCUCUGGCUGCUGCGUCACAUAUUGAGAGGGAACUAUUGAUAACUCCAUGGAACCUGAGUAGCAAUUUUGUUGCCUGUACAAACCAGGACAGAGAAAGUAUUGAGCGUUUGGAAAUAACUGGUGUUGGUGAUCCAUCUGGUCGGGGCCUAGGAUUUAGCUAUGUCCGUGCUGCUCCAAAGGCACCAAUGUCAAGUUCAAUGGUGAAGAAAAAAGCUGCUGCUAGUCGAGGAGGCACCACUGUCACUGGAACAGAUGCUGAUCUUCGUAGAUUGAGCAUGGAGGCUGCCCGAGAGGUUCUUCUCAAGUUCAAUGUUCCAGAGGAAAUGAUUGCAAAACAGACCAGAUGGCAUCGAAUUGCUAUGAUACGUAAGCUUUCCAGUGAGCAAGCUGCAUCAGGGGUCCAGGUUGAUCCAACAACUAUCAGCAAGUAUGCACGUGGCCAGCGAAUGUCCUUUCUUCAGCUGCAACAACAGACAAGAGGAAAGUGUCAAGAAAUUUGGGAUCGACAAGUUCAAUCUCUUUCAGCUGGUGAUGAUGAUGACAAUGGAAGUGACUCUGAAGCAAAUAGUGAUCUGGAUUCCUUUGCUGGGGACCUAGAAAAUUUACUUGAUGCAGAGGAGUUUGAAGAAGAAGGGGAAGAGAAUAACUAUGAAUCAAAGCAUGAUAAAGCAGAUGGUGUAAAGGGGCUCAAAAUGCGAAGGCGUCCAUCCCAAGCACAAGCGGAAGAGGAAAUUGAAGAUGAAGCAGCCGAAGCCGCUGAAUUAUGCAGGUUGCUCAUGGAUGAUGAUGAGGCUGAUCAGAAGAAAAAGAAGAAGAAAACAAAAGCUGUGGCAGAGGAAGCAGGAGUUGCUCCUGUCACAAAAUCUAUUUCUGGCCUUGAGAUGGCGGAACGGGUUAAGAAGCCGAAUAAAAUAACCAAGCACAUGAUUAGUACAGUCCAACCAAAUGGAUCCUCUACUGCAAAUGAGAAUAUUAGAGAUCCAAAGGAGGAGGAGAGUUUAAUAAUGAAAAGAACCAUGUCUGGAAAGAUGAAAACAAUGAAAAAAAAUGGUAUUUCACCAAUGGGUCAACUCAAGAAACUCAAAAUAUUGGGAGAUAAUGUUAAGAUGUUUAAGGAGAAGAAGUCAUCAAGGGAGAGUUUCGUCUGUGGAGCUUGUGGUCAGUUUGGACACAUGAGGACCAACAAAAACUGCCCCAAGUAUCGAGCAGAUCCAGAUACACAGCUUGAAACUGCAGAUUCUGAAAAAGCUUCUGCAAAACCCAACUCUCUGGACCCUAAAAGUCAGUCUCAACCAAAAAUUCUUAAAAAGAAGCUCAUAUCUAAAAGUGCUACAAAAAUUGCAGUUGUUGAAGCUUCCGAGGAUGAGAAAUCUAGUUCAAAGGCGAAAGUUGUCCCAGUGAAAUUCAAAUGUGGCUCCACCGAUAAGCCUUCAGAUAAACGUGCUUUUGCACCCGUGCAAAGUUCUGACCAACCGGUUAUUUCUGAUGUGGGAACUGCAAACAAGUCUGUUGCUAAGGUUAAUAGAAUAAAAAUUUCUAAUAAGCUAAAACCUGAAGAAAUGCAGGCUGAGAUUCAGAAGCCCUCUAUUGUAAUACGGCCUCCAGCAGAUACAGAAAGAGUUCAAGUUGAAUCGCAUAAGCCCUUUAUUGUCAUACGACCUCCAACAAAUAUUGACAGAGAACAAGAUUCCCAUAAGUCCUCUAUUGUCAUUAGACCCCCAACUAAUACAGAUAGAGAACAAGUUCAAUCUCAUAGGCCUUCUAUUGUGAUACGUCCACCUACAGAGAAAGAUAGAGAGCUCCCCCAAAAGAAAAUUGUUAUCAAACAACCGAAAGAAAUUAUUGACCUGGACCAAAUCAAUCGGGAUAGAGCAACUCAUUUCGAGUACAGGAAAACUAAAAAAAUAGUUGAAUUGUCAAGUUUUGAGAAGCAUGGAAAACAGGAAAGCUCACAGUUGACUCAUGGGUCAUCAAAAAAGAAAGGUAAAGAGGAGAGAAGAUGGUGGGAAGAGGAAGAGAAGAGGAGAAAUGCAGCGAGGUUGAGAGAAGAGAGGGCAAAGAGGCUUUAUGAGGAAGAAAUGAGGGUGCAAGAAGAGCGAGAAAGGUUUGCUGAAAUCAAAAGAUAUGAAGAAUCCAUCAGAAGGGAGAGAGAAGAAGAAGAACGCCAAAAAGCAAAGAAGAAGAAAAAGAAGAAGAAGAAGCCAGAAAUAGGAGAUGAUUAUUUAGAGGACUGCAGGGCAAGAAGAAAUGACAGACGGAUGCCAGAAAGAGACUGCAGUGCAAAGAGAAGACCUGUUUCUGAGUUGGGAAAAUAUGGUGCAGAUUCAGGGCCUCCAACAAAGCGGCGUAGAGCGGGAGAGGUCGGUUUAUCAAACAUAUUAGAACGCAUUGUGGAGACACUCAGAGAAAAUACCGAGGUGUCGUUUCUUUUUCUAAAACCUGUAUCCAAGAAAGAGGCUUCUGAUUACCUUGAUAUCGUGGAGCGUCCCAUGGACUUGUCCACAAUCAGGGAUAAGGUAAGGAGGAUGGAGUACAAGCACCAUGAGGAAUUCAGACAUGAUGUGUGGCAAAUUGCCAUGAAUGCCCAUCUUUACAAUGAUGGGCGCAACCCUGGUAUUCCUCCUCUAGCUGAUCAGCUUUUAGAACUUUGUGACUUCUUGCUGGAUGAGUAUGGUACGAACCUAGCUGAAGCUGAAUCUGGCAUUGAAUCUCGGAAUUUUUAGAGAAAAAGCUUUUAUUAGGGAACAAUCAUUCAUUUGCCUGAAGCCCAAAAAUCGUAGCGCCUUUUUUGGGGAAUUUCCAGGCUUGUAAUGCGAUGGGUAUGUGGCCCAAUGAAAAAACAAGUUGA